CGGCACAGUCCGCGAUAGCGCUCCGCGGUGGUAGCGUCUCUUACCGCGAGUGCGGAACAACGCGGCCGCGUGAUAACACAGAAAACCUCACCUAAAUCAAAUAAACACUAUUCCUGUGUAUAUCGCGACGUUGACAAUUGUUAUUGUGUGUGUCGUGGCCCCGCAGCACGGAUUCUACACAUUCAUAAGGGUGUCAAGAAUGUCUGCGUGAACGCUUGAUUGGAGACUUGGAGAGGUGUUGACAAGCGAGCACCAUGACCAAGAAGUUCGAGUUCAACUGGCAGAUCCCCGUCCCUGAUCUCCUUCUUCAGGGUGCGACCUUCGAUCGGUGGACAGAAGAGAAGGACAACACAGAGUUAGAACAGAACUGCUUGUUCAAAGUCGACGAGUAUGGCUUCUUCAUAUAUUGGAAGAGUGAUGGGAGGGAUGGUGACGUCAUCGAGCUCUGUCAAGUCAGUGACGUCAGAUCCGGCGGAGUGCCAAAGGAUUCAAAAUUAAAUAUGAAUUUGGUGAACAAACAUGGAGAAAACUUAGAAGAGAAAUCGUUGACAAUAUGCAGUGGUACUGACUACAUCAACAUAAACUACCAGCACGUCGUGUGCCCUGAUGCAGCCACAGCCAAGGCAUGGAAAGAGGCUCUCCGGGAGGUUACCCACAACAACAAAAUUAACAACACCUGCCCCCGGACUAACCUUAUGAAACAUUGGAUGCGCCUCUGCUUUCUAACCGACCCACGAGGCAAGGUCCCAGUAAAGGUGGUCGCCAGGACCUUCGCAUCCGGCAAGACUGAAAAGCUAGUAUACCAAUGUCUAUCAGAACUUGGUCUCCCAUCAGGAAAGAAUGAGGCGAUGGAGAAAGAAGCGUUCACAUUCGACAAAUUCUACGCUUUGUAUCACAAAAUCUGUCCUAGGAAUGAUAUUGAAGAGCUGUUUCGGUCCAUCACUCAAGGCAAAUCAGACCGCAUCAACUUGGACCAGUUUGUGAACUUCUUGAACGAGAAGCAGCGAGACCCUCGUCUGAACGAGAUCCUGUACCCUCUAUAUGAUGAGAAGCGAGCCGCUGAGAUCAUCAAUACCUAUGAACAGUGUGAUGAGGCGAAGAAUGAUAAAUGCCUCACUAAAGACGGUUUGAUCCGCUACCUGAUGUCUGAUGAGAACGCCCCAGUGUUCCUGGACAGGCUGGACAACUACAUGGAUAUGGACCAGCCCCUAGCCCACUACUACAUCAAUUCCUCACAUAAUACAUACUUGUCUGGCAGACAGUUUGGUGGCAAGAGUUCCGUGGAAAUGUACCGACAGGUCCUGUUGGCUGGAUGCAGGUGCGUAGAACUCGACUGCUGGGAUGGCAAAGGCGAAGACGAGGAACCCAUCAUCACCCACGGAAUGGCCAUGUGCACAGACAUUCUAUUCAAAGACGUGAUCUAUGCGCUAAGAGACACUGCCUUUGUGACUUCGGACUAUCCUGUGAUCCUCUCCUUCGAGAACCAUUGCUGCAAGGCCCAACAGUACAAGCUGGCGAAGUAUUGUGAUGAGAUCCUUGGGGAUCUGCUGUUGAAGGAAGCCCUGCCAGAACACCCUCUGGAACCAGGAGUACCACUGCCACCUCCCUCAGCUCUCAAGCGGAAGAUCCUUAUCAAGAACAAGCGGCUCAAGCCUGAAGUGGAGAAACAGGAGCUUGAAUUGUUCCGACAGGGACAGUUCGUCAUUGAAGACGAGGAGAAAGAAGACGCUUCUGCCGUUGCUAUACCUGAUAAGAAGCCCGAGGAGAUAGUGGCAGAAGCAGCAUCGGCUGGUGAUGACGCCCCCCCUCCAGUAGCGUACACGGGCUCCACCACCAACGUGCACCCCUGGCUGUCCUCCAUGGUGAACUACGCGCAGCCCAUCAAAUUCCAGGGCUUCGAGGAGGCUGAAAAAAAGAACAUUUACCACAACAUGUCCUCGUUUGCGGAGACCACCGGCAUGAACUAUCUGAAGACACAGGCCAUUGACUUCGUCAACUACAACAAGCGGCAGAUGUCCAGGAUCUAUCCUAAAGGCACCAGGGCUGACUCCUCAAAUUACAUGCCUCAGGUGUUCUGGAACGCCGGCUGUCAGAUGGUGUCCCUGAACUUCCAAACCUCAGACCUGCCGAUGCAGCUGAACCAGGGCAAGUUCGAGUACAAUGGAAACUGCGGCUACCUUUUGAAACCAGACUUCAUGCGACGAGCUGACAGGAGCUUCGAUCCCUUCGCUGAUGCGCCUGUAGAUGGCGUGAUUGCUGCCCAGUGCUCUGUGCAGGUCAUCGCCGGCCAGUUCUUGUCAGACAAGAAGAUCGGUACGUACGUGGAGGUGGACAUGUACGGUCUACCAUCAGACACCAUCCGUAAGGAGUUCAGGACUCGCAUGGUGCCUGCUAAUGGACUGAACCCGGUCUACAAUGAGGAGCCUUUCCUGUUCCGAAAGGUGGUACUGCCCGACCUAGCAGUGCUCCGGUUCGGAGUGUACGAUGAGAACAGCAAGCUGCUGGGUCAGCGCAUCCUCCCGCUCGACGGACUCCAGGCUGGGUACCGACACAUCUCACUCAGGACUGAAGCCAACUUUCCCAUGUCACUGCCCAUGCUGUUCUGUAACAUCGAGCUGAAGAUCUACGUGCCUGAUGGAUUUGAAGAUUUCAUGGCGGCUCUGUCGGAUCCCCGCGCCUUCAUGGGCGCUGCCAAAGAGAGAAACGACAAAGUCAAGCAGUUGGGCAUCGAAGAAACUGGCCCGGAGAAGAAAGUGCAGAUUGAGGAGAAGAAAGAAGAACCUCCUCUAGUCUUUGAGCCGAUCACCGUGGAGUCUCUUCGUCAAGAGAAGGGUUUCCUGAAGACUGGCAGAAAGCAACAGAAAGAGCUGGAAGCCAUGAGGAAGCGCCAUGCUAAGGAGAAGAUGGCAUUGCAGAAGACACAGUGCUCUGCACUUGAGAAGAUGAUUAAAGGAAAGAAUAAGGACCAGUUAAGCAAUGACGCUGCAUUCCGCAAGCUGGUGAACGAGCAAGCUACAGCUUGGAGCGAGCUGGUGGCCAAGCACAGGGUCGAGGAGUGGACCAGCGCCCGCAGCCGGCUGAACGAACAACGUGACCUGCUGAAGAAGAUGAUGGAAGCCACCCAACUGGCACAGAUGAAACAGUUGGAGGGAAAACAUGAGAGGGAGCUGAAAGAAAUGAAUGCCCGUCAAGCCAAGAUUAGCAUGGAGACCAGUAAGGAGGUCGCCAAUGACAAGACCUUGAAGACCAAACAGGAGAAGGAUCGAAGGCUCAGGGAGAAGAAACAGAACAACACCAAGAAGUUCUUGGAUGAGAGGAAGACUCAAACCAUCAAACAGAACCGUGAGAAGGAAAAGUUGAAGGUGACUCAUGACAAACAGAUGGAGGAACUCUCCAAGGAUAUUGAUAACCUGAUCGAGAUGUAUAAGAUGGAAGAAUCCGAGUUCGACAUGACAACAAAAACCGAGUUCUUUGCAUGAAAGUACCCUGACAUAGCUCCACUUUUGGAGCGAAUGACUUGAAAAGUGAGUGAAUAAAUUAAGUGAUCUCUCUAGCAUAAAAAAAAAACUAUAAAAUUCAACAUUUUAAAAUUAGAAUUGGUAGUUAAAUUAUAUUUAAGAAUUAUAAAAUUAUUUUAAAUUGUUUAUUAUUACAUAAAUCAUGUAUGCGGUUUUGAUGUUUAAAUUUUAAAUUGUACUAUUAUUAAGAUUGAUUUGAUGGCACGCUUGGCGGGAAAACCGGAUUGUCUAUGUGUAUGGCUGAUGAAACAUUUUAAAUUAAGAAGAGGAAAAACCGAGCGUGCCCUUCAAAAAUAAGAUUUAUAAAUUCUUUAAUUCUUGAAUUUAUCUUUAAAGUUUAUUUAUAAAAUUAUUAACGGUAUGUUACGUUGGAAUAAAGGGUGUUACGGUCUCAGACCAAGGAAGGAAUUGUUGAAAAGGCCAAUUUUUUACCGAGUCGGUAGCUAUAUCUAUUGUUAAUAACGAAAAAUUGGAACGAUUAAAAUUAAACGAGAAAUUAAAAAUAUAAAGUGAUUUUUCGGCCUUGCGAAAUUGAUAAAGUAUAGAGUAAGCUAUGUUAGUUAACUAUGUGCGGAAUGAUGGAAUGAACUGACAGUUACUACCUACAUUGCCGCCUUUCCCAUCAAAAAUAAAGCUUUAUUUUAGCAGAGUACCUAUACGUAACACUUCUAUAUACCUAUUAACAUAUACAAGCAAAAACUGAAGCAUUCAACCUUAGUUAGGGAGAAAAGGCUUCUGCAAUACCAUCGACUAAUAGACAAAUAAAAAAAAAAACAAGAGUUGGCGGCAAUUUUUAAAUUGUCAGUUUACGUAAAUUAAAUUCAGUUUUUUACAUUAAUUAAUUUACGGGUAUACAAUAUUAUGUAGACAUAUUCUAAAUAAACUUUUAAAAUGCUGUUAGUCGAAUAGAUUACUUAGUAGAAUAUCAGAAAAAUAUAAAUUGAACUGAAAAUACCUAAUAAUCGUUCUAAGAAAAUUCUGGAAUAUUUAAAAUACUGAUUAUUAUAAUGUUAUAAUUCAGUGACAAUCUAGUCUUAUAAGUACUUUUAUUGUAUCUUCUUUAUUUAUUACUUAUUGCAUUGUAUAGAUAUUUCCAAUUAUUAUUCUAUUAACUAAAUUCAGUAUAUUCUUAUUUAUUCCAUGACAUUGUGUAUAUUUUAUCUGUAUCUUUGUAAAAAGUUAUUAAUUGUUUGUCUAUAUUUCAAAUUGUUGAUAUGGGAUCAAUCAUACUUAUUUCGAUUGUUCUAAGAAAUUUUAAAAAUAAAUUUUAUUGUAACUAUCUGUUAAAUUUUAAACUGUUUAAGAUAAGAGUGUUAAUUUAAAUAAUGUAUAUGAUGAAUAAAUCUCUAGUUAAGAAUUCUAAUUUCUCGUAGGUACCAACAGAGAAUAUAUUGGAAAGUAAGUAUUGAAAAAGAAUAGAAAAAAACCUAGCUUAGGGAACAAAUUAUGGACAACUUAGAAAAAUAUCAGUAAUGCGAAGGAAACAUCAUUUUGUGCCUGUAUGUCUUCCCUGUCUCUAUUACUACCUACUCUAUGGUUCUAUUUGAUCUCCAAUGUUCUGGUUCAAUCUCAGCAUAUUCAAUUUCAAUAUAAAUAGAAACUCUUUUCAUCAGCCUUUGAGACGGCAACAGAUUAAAAAUUGGUUAAUAUCUAUUAUAGACUCACCUCUUACCUACUAAAUAUCAUUCCAUUAAAAAUAUAUUUACUAUCAAUGCAGUGUCGUUAGAGGACCAACUUCAUAUAAUUUCACAUCUUUUAAUCUUAAAACUAUCAUAAGCCAAAGAAUUUCCUCAUACUAUACUUUAAAAUUAUAAGUAGCAUAUAAGUAUUGUAAUAUUUGAUUUUAAAUCAAUUAAGGACUCUUUUAUGUCAAUAUUAAAUUUCAAAAUUAUUUCAUCUGCAUCUGUGUGUAAAUAUUUAUAAAUGCUGUAUUUAUUCAAUUAUUGGGAAUAUUUAAAAAUAGAUUCUUUUAGGUGCCUAAGUACAUUAAUGUUAAAUUCUAGUCAAUUUCAUUCAAUUUAUGUUAAUUUCAAUAAUAUCAUGGUUGCUGUAGUCAGUGACCUGUAAAGCCUUAAAAGGUAUUUUGAGGACUUGUGCAAGUCAUGUAUAACCUUCUAGUAAGAUUUGAGAUAGAUAUAAAGAAUACAGUGAGAGUAAAUAAUAAGUGUUUGAAAUGUUUAUUAAUUGGAAAGUAAAUAUUUAAAUUAUUUACAUUUAUCGGAAAUUGAAUAUUGGUGAAUAUCGGAAUAGCACAUUAUUAAAAAUUCAGAAUAAUAAAAUUAUUCAUAAAUUAUUCGAAUAUCUCAUA